AUGCUGGAGCCCAAACCUCCCCCACUUGCACCGGUCCCUCCAGCGAGUAUACGGGACCGCAUCCCCAGCGAGGACUGGGCAGCAUGUUUAGAUGCAUGGAUUGCCUCCGUUGAAUUUCGCCUGAGGCUCUCUGAAAGUGAUUUUGAAUCACUUGCUCCUAAAGAUGGCCAAGCUGUAUCAUUUCUUCUUUCAUAUCAUGACUCUUCGACGACAUUCACUGGGCCCAAAGCAAGCACUUUACGGCGCCUCUGUUUUCUCUUAACGCAACGACUAUUGUUAGUACCGAACCAAGCGUUGGAAGACUCGCUUAAUUGUCGCUUCCUAGCAAAGCUAUGCGCCACAUACAAUUCCGGAUCUGCGCUGAAAUCCCUUCUGAGAAAGGUCUGGCAACGACACUCGAAAUUCGUGACUGCCGACAUUGAGAAGGGGAAGUCAACUUUGAUUCGGCAACUUUCUCAAAGAAACUCUGAAGUAGAACGGGAUGUGCUGGCUACGUUGCAAUCCUUCACGCAACUAGCCUUUUCGCUCCCAGAAAUUGGUUACGUCCUUAUGACGGGAUCGGAUUAUAUUGACACUCUGUUUGAAGCAUAUCAAACCCAAAAGAACAAGACUCUACAAGAUAGUAUAGUCGCCAAUAUAUACGUGUCGCUAUCGUCCCUAAUGCUUUUGUCUCCCCCAGCAAUAUCUCUGCUCUUGGACCAGCUUUUUAAUCUAAAGGCCUUAGCUAAAGUCGACGUAACAACCUUGCAAAAAGGACCAAACUUACUAUCGGACCUUAUCUGCAGCACGAAUUUGUUGAAGCGGAUGCAUCGACUAUUUUCUGCGACUCCUCAAAAACGUGCCGAGAAUCUAGUAUCUAGUUUAAGGUCGUACAUUACAGUGUGUCGUGGGCUGCACUCCGCUCAUCGUCAACGGCCGCCGAAAAAGGAUAAGGGCAAGCAGCGACAAACAAUCGAAGAUGAUGUAAAUGAAUUCCAUGUUCAUAAGAUGUCCUUGGUCACCCAGGUCCAAGACCUUUUUCCAGAUCUCGGGACUGGGUACAUUGUUAAAUUACUAGAUCACUACUCUGACGAUGUCGAAUCCGCGAUUUCCAACCUUGUGGAGGACACUCUACCUCCUCAUUUGAAGUCCCUCGACCAUUCAGAACAGCUACAUAUCGCAGAGGUUAUGCCAGAUAUUGCACCUCGUUCUACACCUCCAGCCCUGCCACCCUCGUUUCCGAGGAAGAAUGUCUUUGAUAACGAUGAAUUUGACCGUUUGGACAUUUCUCAGUCCAAACUACACUUUGGUCGCGCAAAUGCCGAUUUGACGGCUGAUGAUAUCCUGGCAGAUAGGUCCGGGCAUUCGGUGAACAAAGCUGCCAUCCUAUCUGCACUUGCUGCGUUUGACUCGGAUGACGACGAACGCGACGAUACAUAUGACAUUGCCGAUGUCGGUGGAACUGUUGAUUCAAUGCCUCCGGGUACAAGCGUCGACCCCGACACAGAAUCAGGGCGAAGGACAUCUGGUGGACUCAACGAAGACGCGGAGUUCGCUCUAUUCAGACUAUACAAAUCGGAUCCAGACGCAUUUAAACGCGAUGCGGCAACACGGCGGUCCCAGCAACGGGCGUCUCUUCGCAAAGAGACGGGGAUGACAGAUGAGGGCAUCGAAGGCUGGGCAGUGAUGUUGACCCGUGAUCCGAAACCCAUGCUCUCUCUGCCGGACUCUCCGCGCAUGGCCAGAGUGAUCUGCCAUCCACCUCCUACCGGAAACCAGCUGCGGAGGAUGGAGAAGGUGGAGACGGUGACCGCGAUGGCACCACUGGAAGACCACGUGGUGGCGGACGGGGACAAGGGAGAAGUAGAGGGAGAGGGCGUGGUGGGCGUGGAGACGGUGGUAGUCGAGGCGGUGCACGAGGCGAUGUUGCCGGCGCUUCCGGUGACCACGAUACGGCACUUGCUAGGAGACGGAAGGAUGCCAACGGGACCAACGAGCAAAAAAGAUGGCUAG